UUUUAAUCAAGCAGAAAUAGAUAGUUUAGAGUGGUCGAUGAAGCUUAUUAUAAAUCGAUUUAAAUUAAAAACAUAAAUGAAAAAUUUAUAGAAAGUCUGAUUUUUUUUCUUAACAAAAUAUAUAUAUAAAUAAUUAAGAAUAGAAAAUCAUUACCUAUUGGUAAACUUCAAAAAAUAGUCAUUUAUGCUUUUAUAAAAAUGCAAGAGAAACAAUUAACUCCAGUCUUUCUUGUUUGGAAAGUGGAUUUUACCAAUCAACAAAACUUUUCAAAGUGUAAUGUGUGUCAAAAAAGAUUUAAGAGUGUUAAGGGCCUUCAACAGCAUUUAAUCACACACGCUUCCAAUUCUCCAUGCAUUUGUCAGACUUGCGGGAAGGCUUUUAAAACAAGGUCUUACCUCAAUAAACAUCAAAUUGUUCAUUCUGAUAAAGAACCGUUCAAAUGUAAAAUGUGUCAGAAAACUUUUAAAUUAAGACAUAGACUCUUUAGUCACCUGAAAGUACAUUCAGAUGUGCGACCUUUUUCUUGUGACAUUUGUAAGAGAGGUUUUAAGGAAGAAAGGAAACUUCAGUCACACAAGUUGGUCCACUCAAAUAAAAAGCCGUAUUCGUGUCACAUUUGCGGAAAACAGCUCAUAACAAAAUACGGUUUAGAAAAUCAUUAUCGUAUUCAUAGUAAUGAAUUAAAACAAGCUGCUAAAACAUUCGAGUGUGAAAUUUGUGGUAAAAAAUUUGGCGUUAAGAAUACUCUGAACAGGCAUCUCUUGACUCACACAGAUGUAAGACCUUUCGAGUGUGACAUUUGCAAAAAAAAAUUUAACGAUGAGAGCACUCUCAGAAAUCAUCGUCACUCACAUUCGAAAGAGAAAGUUUUUAUUUGUCAGUUGUGCGGGAAAAAGUAUGGUCAUCCUACUGGACUUCGGUAUCAUUUCUUGACCCACACCAAGGAAAAGCCACACACAUGUGACGUGUGUGGAAAGAGUUUCGCAAUACGGACGCAUCUCCGAUCGCACAUGACUAUACAUUCUUCUGAGAGGCCGCACGUUUGCAACCUGUGUGGAAAGAGUACUAAACUGAGAGGCAAUCUUCUAAAACACAUGCGAUUGCACGAAGAUACGUCGCUUUAUCGUUGCACUGUUUGCGAUGAGAAAUUCAUCUCCAAGAAAUCUCUCAGAGCCCAUUCUAGUAUUCGUGAGGAGGACACAGUGUUGGUUUUUGAGUGUGAUACAUGCUCAUCGAAAUUUCUUUCAGAGGAAUCGCUUCAAAAACAUUCUGCCAUUCAUAAGAUGAAAAAUGAUAUCCAUAUUAUUGAUCAAAAUUUGGUUUUGAAAAAUGGUGAAAGUUGCAUUCAAUGUAGCAUUGAAAAAAUUCCUUUCAAAUAGCCACAAAUAUGUAUGAAGCAGUAUUAUUUUAUAACUGUCUUUAACAGUUGACACAAUUUUGAAUUUACAACUACCAGUGUUCAACUCCAUUGCCUUGCAAUUUUGAACCCAAUACAGAAGACAAGGGAACUCCUGGAUCAAGCAUUGGGAGAAAUUUGCUU